AGCCGUCAAUAUGGAUCGUAAAGAAUGCCACUAUAAUAUUAAAUAUAUACAUAUACUAGUCAAAUACACGCAUAUUAUACAUACAAGAAUCAUAUAUUCUUUACACUUGUAUAUAAAGGCCUCAAAUUAAAGUAUAUUUCUUCCAUCACCCAAUUAAAAAAAAAAAAGAUCCACAAACAAUAUGUUGAAGCACAAUUUAAACAAUUCCUACUAUACUAAUACUAAUACUAGCGUCCGAAAUCUACUUUUGGUGCCGAAGCCUUUCUUCUCCGGCGGAGGAAAUGCUUCAUCAGCCGUAAUUACUCGUAAAAACCCUAUUAUUAAUAUCAAGACAAGGAGGAAUCGGGUGGUGCUCAGGCGGCGAUCCGCCUCCACCGGAGUAAAAGCCGUAUUAACCGCUGAUGAGAAGUCAACAACCACCGUUAAGGCGGUGGUGACGGUGCUGCAGACGGUGGGCGGGGCCCUCACCCACCUCGGAUUGAGCCGCGGGAUUGACGAUAUAGUUGACGUGUUUGGCAAAACCCUUCUCGUUGAGCUUGUUGCUGCCGAGCUCGAUCCUAAAUCGGGAUUGGAGAAAGCUACCAUACAAUCGUACGCCCGUAGAACCGGGAAAGACGACAACGAAACCUACUACGAAACCACAUUUGAGAUUCCAAACGAGUUCGGGGAGAUUGGUGCGGUGCUAAUUCAGAAUGGACACCUCAAAGAAAUGUUUAUAAAGAACAUUGUUUUCAAUGACUCAAUCGAAAUUACUUGCAACUCGUGGAUUCAUCCCAAAUCUAGUAACCCCGAAAAGAGAGUGUUUUUCUCUAACAAGUCAUAUUUGCCAACCGAAACUCCGAGUGGUCUGGAAAAGUACAGACAAAAAGAGCUCGAAGCUCUACGUGGCGACGGCCGAGGGGAGCGCAAAACCGCCGACAGAAUAUACGAUUACGAUUUUUACAACGAUAUCGGCGAUCCAGAUUCCGAUGAUGAUUUGGCACGACCCGUUCUUGGAGGGCCCGACCACCCCUAUCCUCGCCGCUGCAGAACUGGCCGCCCUAGAACUAAGAAAGAUCCAUUGUCUGAGUCGCCGAGCUCCAAAAUUUACGUGCCGAGAGACGAAGCGUUUUCGGAAGUAAAGAAUAUGACAUUCUCAGCAAACACGGUGUACUCGGCCCUUCAUGCACUAGUUCCGUCGCUGCAGAGUACGGUCUUAAGCAGUGAUGGAUUCCCACACUUCACUGCUAUAGACACUCUGUUCAAUGAAGGGAUUGAGCUUCCGAAUAAUCCAACAACUGGGCUGUUAGGAAAUAUUAUACCCAGGCUCGUGAAGGCUAUCGCUGACUCGGACAAUGUCCUUCACUUUGAAACCCCUGAAUUUAUCGACAGAGAUAAGUUUGCUUGGUUUAGGGACGCUGAAUUUGCAAGAGAAACUCUAGCAGGUGUCAAUCCAUGCUGCAUAAAACUAGUCACGGAAUGGCCAUUGAAGAGUAAUCUCGACCCUGAGGUGUACGGGCCAGCUGAAUCAGCAAUCACAACGGAACUCGUAGAACUAGAAAUUGGAGGCUGCACGACAGUCGAAAAGGCAUUGGAACAAAAGACGCUUUUCAUGUUAGAUUAUCAUGAUGUUUUCUUGCCAUAUGUGAGCAAGGUAAGACAGCUCAAGGGGACAACUCUAUAUGGAUCCAGGACAUUGUUUUACUUAACAUCUUGCGGCACACUGAGGCCGGUUGCAAUCGAGUUAACUCGACCACCAAUAGAUGGAAAGCCACAGUGGAAGCAGGCAUUCACACCAUCAUGGGAUGCCACUGGUGUAUGGUUAUGGAGGCUUGCUAAAUCUCAUGUCUUGGCUCACGACUCUGGUUAUCAUCAGUUAGUCAGUCACUGGAUGCGGACACAUUGUUCUACUGAGCCUUACAUAAUCGCGACAAACAGGCAACUGAGUGCAAUGCACCCAAUUUACCGAUUUUUGCACCCUCAUUUGCGUUACACAAUGGAAAUUAACGCGUUGGCUCGUGGGGCCCUUAUUAAUGCUAACGGGAUCAUUGAGAGUGCAUUCUCUCCAGGCAAGUACUCCAUGGAACUGAGCUCUGAUGCCUAUGACCAGCUAUGGCAGUUCAACCUAGAGGCACUACCAGCAGAUUUAAUCCACAGGGGAAUUGCUGUGGAGGAUCCAACUGCACCACACGGUUUGAAACUAGCAAUCGAAGACUACCCUUAUGCCAAUGAUGGUUUGCUUAUAUGGGAUGCUAUUAAACAGUGGGUCACUGAUUACGUCACUUACUACUAUCAAGAACCGAGCCUCGUAAAUUCAGAUAGCGAGCUCCAAGCAUGGUGGACAGAGAUUCGAACAGUGGGCCACGGCGACAAGUAGGACGAACCGUGGUGGCCAGAGCUAAAAACUCCGGACGAUUUGAUUGGAAUAUUGACGACUAUUAUAUGGGUAGCUUCGGGUCAACAUGCUGCUCUUAACUUCGGUCAAUUCGAUUUCGGUGCGUACUUUCCAAACAGGCCCACCAUUGCUCGAACACAAAUGCCUACCGAAGAACCGAAUGACGAAGAAACGAAACAGUUUCUUGAGAGGCCUGAUGAUUUUUUGCUGAAAAGCUUCCCUUCACAGGUUCAAGCUACAGUAGUUAUGGCGAUCAUUGAUGUACUAUCAACUCAUUCGCCCGAUGAGGAGUAUAUCGGAGAGGAAAUACAGCCUUAUUGGGCAGAUGAUAAAGUUAUUAAUGCUGCGUUCGAACGGUUUAAUGGCAGAAUGAAGGUGAUCGAAGGGAUUAUUGAUGCUAGAAACGCAGACACGAAUUUGCGGAAUAGGGCAGGGGCUGGAGUGGUGCCGUACCAGCUUCUCAAGCCGUUUUCUGGACCUGGUGUGACGGGGAAGGGUGUUCCGAAUAGUAUUUCGAUUUAGUUAUCAAAUUGUUUUACGUGAUGUAUACAGAUUGAAUAAGUAUAUUGAAGCAAAAAUUUAUGAAUUAUAUAAGUACAAUAAAAAAAACAACACUUGAGCAAAUACAGACGGAAGCAUACUGAGGAAUUAACGACGUGAAAUGUAUAUAUCGAUUUUGUAUCAAUCAAGCCUUAUCACAACUGCC